AUGGCUGGGGCGUUCAUCCUGCUUGCUCUUUGCUGGGUAUUUGGACUGGCUUCUGGUAACAAUUCAAAUGCAUGGUUCGGGAACGUCUCUACCAACCUUUUCUAUUUACAAGGAGACAUUGUGCUUGGUGGGCUCUUCCCCAUCAACAGUAUAACCAGCAACCUGAGUGACAGGUUGACUCCAAACGACAUUGCAUGUGAACGGUUAAGACCAUCAGGCCUGGGUGCCUCUCUCGUCAUGAAAUACACUGUGGAUGAGAUCAACGCCAACCAGGCUCUGCUGCCGGGGAUCAAGCUCGGCUAUGAAAUCUUCGACACAUGCUCUCAAUCUGCCACACUUGUCAAGUCUACCAUUUAUCUUCUCUCUGACAAAGACACCGGGGAGUUGGCAGUGGAGUGUAACUACACCGACUACGAGCCCAGGGUGGCAGCCAUUAUCGGGCCGUACACCUCAGAGAUGGUCACUGUCGUCGGGAACCUCCUGGGAUUCUUUCUCAUGCCCCAGAUCAGCUAUGGCGCCACCAGCACCAUGUUCAGCGACAAUCUGCUGUUCCCAUCAUUCAUGCGCACCGUGCCUGACGACAGGCUGCAGGCGAUGGCCAUAGUGCAGCUGCUUAUAGAGUUUGAUUGGAAAUGGUUGGUCAUAGUUGGCAGCGACGAUGAGUAUGGGCGGCAGGGCCUGCAGGAGAUCUCCACCUUGUCAGAAAACACCAGCCUUUGCAUCGCAUACAAGGGCCGGAUCCCUGUGUACACAGACCCGUACGCAGAGAUCAAAAUCAUCUUGGACAACAUUGAAAUCACUGAAGCGGGCGUGGUCGUGGUGUUUUCGGGCGUGAUCUCUGCGGAAAUCUUUUUUAAAGAGGUGAUGAAGAGAAACAUGACUGCCGUGUGGAUCGCCAGCACUGCCUGGGCGCUUGACUCUACACUGACCAACAUGGACAACAUGCACACCAUCGGCACGAUUAUCGGGCUUGCAGAUAACACCGGGGCGCUCCCCUUGUUUGCCAGCUAUGCAGAAGAGCUGUUUACCAAAAUAAGCCAAACCACUGAUGACCCUGAGCCGACACAAGGAGCCACCCAUUCCAAAGAUCCAUGCCCACAAUGUGCAAACUUGUCCCCGGCAAAUUUGAGCCUGGCAACUAAUACUUACAUACAGCAUUCCGGUUUUAGUGUGUAUGCUGCCGUCUACACUGCGGCACAUGCGUUGCACACACUGCUGAAUUGUGAUGUUUCAAGCUGUACUUGGACAGAGGACAGUAAAGUCUAUCCUUGGAUGCUUAUGAAAGAACUGAGGAAAACUACCUUCGAAUUGAAUGGUAUACAAAUGUCUUUUGACAGCAGUGGCAACCCAGACCUAGGAUACAUUCUGGUGGAAUGGUUUUGGGAAAAUGGCAUUUUUAAAUCUAAAACGGUUGGACAAUAUCACAACAGUCUGUCCCUGAACAAAUCCCUCCUGGAAUGGCAUACAGACGAUAAUCAGGUCCCCCAGUCGACAUGUUCGUCAAAUUGUGGGGCAGGCCAAGUACGCAGAGUCAAAGGCUUUCAUUCCUGCUGCUUUGACUGCAUUGACUGCAUGGCAGGCACAUUUCAGGCAAUAAAUGAUGACAUCCAGUGCAGAAGGUGCCCCAGAGGCCAGUGGUCACUUGUUCGCAGCACAAACUGCACCGAUCCUACCUUUGAGUACUUGACAUGGAGCCAGCCCGAGUCCCUGGGGCUGAUGUUUGCCGCGCUGAUGCUCAUAGUGUGCCACAGCUGCGUCGGGGCGCUGUUCCUGAAGCACAGAGGGACCCCACUGGUAAAGGCCUCUGGGGGGUUCCUGAGUGGUCUCGCUCUCCUCUGCCUUGGCGCCAGCUGCCUCAGUCUGUUGCUCUUCCUGGGUCAGCCGGGGAACAUGGUGUGUCGUCUUCAGAUGCCCCUAAACUCCAUCCUCCCAACCGUGGCCCUGGCAACCAUCACCAUCAUUUCCCUAAGGAUGUUUUAUAUGACCGAGUUCCCUGAGAAGGCUGUCUCUCAUCUGGAUGUAAUAAAGCGCGUGGAAGGCUGGCUUGUCUUGGCUUGCUGCUGCGUGGAGGCUGGGAUCUGUGGCUGGUUUACCCAAACAGUGCCUCUUCUGUCUCAAUAUCUGGCCGAUAUGGACAUUCACUUUGUCAGUGAAUUCCUGGUGUGUCCCGUGGAGCUACUAGGUUUGGGCCUAUUGCAAGGCUUUAACACAGGCAUGGCCCUGAUAUCGUUCAUGUGCACCUUCAUGGCGGUGAAGCCCAUCCAUCAGUAUAACCUAGCCAGGGACAUAACCUUCUCCACUCUGCUCUACUGCGUGAUUUGGGUGGUCUUUAUCCCGAUCUAUACCGGCUUGAACGAUAAGUUCAAGUCCAUCAUCUACAUGAUUUUCAGUUUGGGAAGCAAUAUAGGACUAGUAGCUGCUUACUACUUUCCAAAAUGCUACAUGUUGUUGAAGAAACCAGAACUCAACACUGACGAGUACUUUCGUAGCUACCUGGAGGGCGCUCCACCAAGGCCACUGGAGGAGGAGCAGCCAAACCAAGCGCCUGAAACCAGCCAGGAAUCUGAACUUAAACCAGAUGAUCCCCACAAAGGCUAGAAACAUCGCCCAUUAAGGCGCUAGAUUUGAGCGCUACAUUAUCAUGAAAAAUAUAUUUAUUUUUCCUAAACCACA